CCUUGUUCCAAUUAAGGCUCCUUUGUUUCCUCUGCAAAUGGAGAACUACGAAAGGGCUGCAAUCUCUCCAAUUUCCGUUUCCACUCCUCCAUUUUCCUACACCCCCUCAUCCUCUUCUCCUCCUUCGCAGCAAUCUUCUCCACUUCUCCCUCCUCCUCUUCCCCCUCCAACAACCAUUCUCAGUCCUUGCGCCGCCUGCAAAAUCCUCCGCCGCAGAUGUGUUGAGAAGUGUGUUCUGGCCCCAUAUUUCCCCCCAACUGAACCAUAUAAAUUCACCAUUGCUCACCGAGUCUUUGGUGCUAGUAACAUCAUCAAGUUCCUGCAGGAACUACCGGAAUCUCAAAGAGCAGAUGCUGUGAGCAGCAUGGUAUACGAAGCGAAUGCGAGGAUUCGGGACCCCGUCUACGGCUGUACUGGGGCAAUAUGUCAGCUGCUGAAACAAGUAAGCGAGCUACAGGCGCAACUGGCGAAAGCACAGGCGGAACUGGUGACCAUGCAGUGUCAGCAAGCCGACUUGAUUGCUGUAAUCUGCAUGGCUCGAGAAUCCUUCUCGCAACAACAGCAAUUCACCGAUGACACCACCUCUUUUCUCAACGAAACCGCUCUGGACUCGGCUUGGGAACUUCCUCUGUGAACAUGAAGAAAUAGAAUUAUAAUUAACCUCUUGAUAAAGAAAUUAGAAUAUAGUUGAGAGCAUUAAAUAAAUUGAAUUUAAUCUU